AUGACAUUCAAGUCGUUGCUGUACAGUACAUCGAGCGAUGGAAAAGUCGCCUACAUCACCUUAAACCGCCCAAAGCAGCACAAUGCUAUCGAUCAGCACAUGCCCCUCGAGAUACGCACCGCUGUUCAGGCCGCCAAUGCAGACCCCGGCGUUCACUGCAUUGUAAUAAAAGGCAACGGUCGCGGCUUCUGCGGUGGCUAUGACCUCGAUAUCUACGCUGCAAAUGCCCAGCGUGGAGAGACGGCGGGCAGUCAAGAUCUGUCUCGUGGGUAUGAGCCAUUCCAGGACUAUCUGUCCAUGAAGGAGUGCACAAACUGCUAUUCGGAGCUGUUUCACAGCCACAAGCCGACAAUUGCUCAAGUCCACGGAGCGGCCGUCGCAGGGGGGAGUGAUAUUGCGCUUUGCUGCGACAUGGUUGUCAUGGCCGAAGACGCGAGAAUUGGCUAUCCCCCGAGUCGGGUCUGGGGGUGUCCGACUACGGCAAUGUGGGCGUGUCGCAUUGGGCCGGAAAAGGCCAAGAGGAUGUUGUUUACGGGCGAUCUAGUCAGCGGCACUAGAGCUGAAGCUAUGGGUCUUGUUCUCAAGGCUGUUCCGUCUGCACAGCUGGAGGAGACGGUCAGGCUGCUCACAGACCGGAUCAAGACGGUUCCUGUCAACCAGCUCUGGAUGCAGAAGCAGGUUAUUAAUAGCACGAUUGAAGGGACGGUCUCAUCAUCACAACGGCUUGCGACGGUCUUUGAUGGCAUCACGAGAAACUCGCCAGAGGGCAUUCAGUUUCAGCAGCUUGCACAAGAGCGAGGCUUCAAAGCAGCAAUAUCGGCCAGAGAUGAGCCAGGGCGGAGUGAAGAAUAUAGAAAGAGGUGGAAAAGUGUGCUUUAA